AUGGUCAUCGUCUCACUGCUAGGCAGACUAGCUCUCCUCACCUUCCUCGUAUCCGCCGGAACAGCGAAUGCUAUCUGGCCGUUCAAGGAGAAACGAUUCAAGGACGAGGCUUUUAUAGAUGCUGGAUCUUUAGGAUUGGAAGAUGUCAAAGGGAGAGUCGCGGGUUUGGGUGAUUGGGAAGGUGAUCAGAAACUCGACUUGUUCACCCUCAGCGAAGACGGAAAAACCGUGACUGUUCAUCUCUGGAACAAAGACAAAUUCACCUAUACGUCUGCCCACACAUUGACCCUUUCAUCCUCAAUUUCGAAUGUCAUACCGGGCGAUUACAAUCAUGACGGACGUCUGGACCUUUUGGUCAUGUAUGCACAAGAAGAAGAUGGUGGAUGGUGGGGAAGCAAAGAUGAGAAACUGGGUAUGGACGUGUAUUUAGGCGGUGGCAAAGAUGGUGGAUUCCAGGAUAUACCUUGGAACCUCAAUGCUUCUAUACCUACCCAACCUAUUGUAUUCGAUGCGGAUAGUUCAUUGAGACCUUCUUUGUUAGGUUUCAUACCUACCGAAAAUACAGAAGGAGAAUUACGAACUUGGUUUAAUAAUGGCACAGGUUUUACGCUAGGUCCGACGCCGCUUUCAUCCCCUGACCAAAUUUGUACUUUAGCAAAUCCACAUAGUAGCGCAUUCAUAGAUAUCGAUGGCGAUUGUCUGCCCGACCUUUUACUCCAUUGUGCAAGACCCAAGUCGACUCAUCGCUCAAUUCAAAUAUGGCUCAAUCGUGGAUCCACAGGAUAUCAAUUAUCGAAAUCUUACGACCUUCCCAAAGGUAGUGGACCAUUAUCAUUCGCAGAUAUGAAUCGAGAUGGUUCAAUGGAUAUCAUAUUCCCUACUUGUGCACAACAUUCGAAAUCUACUGGCGUAGGAACAGAAUGUAGUAUAAACAUAGCAUACAACAAACAAGUUCCUGUUUGCUCGACUGAAGCUACUCAACAUACUAAAGAAGGGAAAUUGAAAUGUAGAGGAUGGGGUGAUCUUUGUGUAGCAGAUGAAGGUUUCGACUUCAAUUUCGAUCCAUCUGAUCCUGAUUUCACGUCAAUACCUCUUACAACGAUCCUCUCGCUCGAAGCAGAUUCGACCGCGGGCAUACUGUUACAUCUGCCCGGUAAAACUCACAUUCCGCUACCACUCAGACCAGGAGAUUAUAACGUUGAUGGCUUCCCUGAUCUACUGCUCACCGUUGUCACUUCGACUAAAGGCGGGGUGUUAGGUAACAAAGAAGCCAAUCAGGUGAAAGUUUUGGUUAACGUACCUUGUGGGAAGGAUGUGGCGGGAUGUGAAGCCAGCUCGAAAGGAAAAAGAGGACUUACAGCUGGUACAGGGAAAUCCUGGGAUGCGUUGAAUGGGAUAUCAGAUGCGGAAGGUGCAAGUUGGAUAGACGUAGAUGAUGACGGAUCAUUGGAUAUUCUUGUCCAACGUGCUGGAUCGCAAACUGGUCAAAAGAUCACCUUCAUUCAGAACAACUUUUAUCACGAUGCCUUUUUCCUCAAAGCUCAGGUGCUUAAUGGCGCUUGUGAGGGUAAAUGCGAACCUACAGAUGGAGGCAAGCCGUACAAUGCUCUCGGCGUGAGCUACUCUGGCGCAACAUACAAAUUCACUGUAUUGAAUACAGCUGGUCAUCGGGUCGCACAACAAGUCGCUCAAUUGCCUCAAACUGGGUAUCAAUCCCUAAACGCCCCAUACGCGUACUUCGGUUUGGGAAGAACGAACAAUUACAUCGAGAAACUGUUCAUUGGGACAUCACUUCCAUCACCUGAUCAUUCGACAUUCUUAGAAUCUAUAAUACCGAAUUCCCAAAUAAUAAUAAACCCACCAUAUCCUCUUCCAAGUCCACCCGCACCAUCGAAUGAAAAACCUCCGACCUCCAAAGAAGGAUUAGAGGUGUCAUCACCUGUCAAAGUAAGAUCGAAAGAAUGGAAAACGCAAUUAUACCUGAAACCUGGAGAUUGGGUGCCUUGGGUCGGGGCGGCAGUCUUUGGUACGGUUAUCAUACUUGCUUUCGUGGUUUUGGGAUUAGAUAAGAGGGAAAAAAGAGAAGAUGAAAAAGAAAGAAGAAGGAAAUUACAUGCCAUAAAUUUCCAAGCCUUGUAG